AUGGAAGAUUCGCGGCCUAGCUCAGUACCCCGACGGCCGGCUCAUCGCCGUGGACUAUGGCAGGCUGGUGUACUAUUAUUUAUUGCCAGUAAUCUUUUUGGCUCCAGUGUUCAGAUUACAACUUUGCCUUUGAUUGUUCUAAGUCCGCUACAGGCAAUUGGUUUAGUAUUCAAUUCUAUUAGUGCAAGUAUAUUAUUGGCAGAACCAUUCACAAAGUACUCAUUCAUUGGCACUGGUCUUGUAUCAGUUGGUGCCUUGAUUAUUGCCGCUUUUGGUGCUAUUCCAGAACCACAUCAUAAUUUAAAUGAGCUACUAGUGUUACUGCAGCGUACUCAAUUUUUAUUGUGGAUGGGCAUCACACUCUCGUUAGUGAUAUUGAUACUAGUAUUGAUCGCCACUGGUAUAGUAGACGAGUUUCUAAACGGAUGGGAGGCCAUUGGAGGAGGUGGGAAAAUGGGCCUUGAAGAGCAUACAAAUGAAUCUAAUAACAGUCGUGGCGUCACACCGCCACGACAUGUUACGGCUCGUAAUAGUCCCCUGCAAAGCAGUAUUCAAAACCACAACCAAUACAACAAUCACACUAGUAGUCGCGGCACUGGCUCGAAUUUGGAUGGUCAUACUGACCAUCGUGAGUUUCCCUCGUACCACGUGUUUCUGGCGAACAAGUCACUGGUGGUAGGCGGCUUGUACGGAGUAGUGGCGGGGAUCUUGUCGGCACACUCGCUGUUAAUGGCAAAAUCGGCUGUAGAAUUAGUCGUUCGAGGGCUAAAAGACGGUUGGUAUGAUCUUUUCCGCUGGCAAACAUGGCUUAUUGUAGGAUGUUUCCUCACUUUCGCUAUACUGCAACUAUAUUAUCUAAACUGCGGGCUAACGCUAUGUUCGACUUCUGUUCUUUAUCCACUUGUUUUUUGUGUUUACAAUAUUAUUACCAUCAUGAAUGGCCUUAUUUAUUUCCGCCAAACCGCUAGCCUAUCCUUUGUCAGAAUCGUGUUAAUUGCAUUCGGAACUUUUCUUGUUUUGGCAGGUGUACUUUGCCUGUCGUGGAGACUUAACGACUCUCAAGCACCCAACUUGGCUGCUAGCACUAGUGCUGCGACUAACACUGCUACUACAUCCAGACGGCAUCUUUUCAGUCCUUCUCAUGGUCGCAGUCGUAGCAACAAUAGUGCCAUAUAUGAAGAGCCUUCUACAGGGUCUGAAACAGAACAGACUCCUUUACUGUUUUUCCAACAGCACAGAAAGUCCCCUCUUAGAUAUGGAAGUCUUGGUUUGGUGACGAAACAACUGUCUACUAGUGGUUCUGCAGAAAGUGGAGCUCAAAGCUCGAGUUUGAACUCCACAGCCAAUGGCGACGAUGAGCAUCCCGAGUACACAUCUUUUCGUACUAUAACUGUCGGAGAUGGCAUCCCCGAACCGGCUUCUCCAUAUAGCAACAGAAAAACCACCCUCCGCCGCGGGAGAACAUUAUCGCAAGAGCAGUCCGAGAUACUAGACCAACUACGGCAGAAGUAA